UACCAGUGUUUUACCCCUGCAUGGGGGGGCGGGGGUGGUGGUGGUAAUGGUCCGGAUUAUAAACACUAUUUGGAUGAACAGACCGUUUAUUAGGGGGAAUAUGGAUAACAGUCUGAGUGUUGAAAUGGCAGCAACAUUGUGCACUUAGAUGAUUGGAGGUAUAAACAUUUUGCCCGCAGCACCACAAUGAAACCCCCCUUUUUCUGUUUGUUGUGUGAAAUGUGUCGUCACCGGCAGCACAGACCUGACUGGGCCCCCUGCAGAGCUGGAAAAAGCCAGGGACGUGAGCAACAGAGAUGGUAAAAGUAGGAGCAGCUGGCGGGAAGAGGUGUGACGAGCCGCGUGUGAGGAGCACAGAUCGGCUCCUGAAAGACGGCGGCGUCUACAUCCCCACAGCCCAGCGCAGAUAGCGCUAUCAGUGGAGACACAGUGGAGACAAUCCUAGACCCCACAUCUGACACAGGGGGAGUGUGGGAAAUCUACCAGUGGUGGCAGGGAAGGCUCCAGCGUGCACCGGAGAGGCGGAAGGAGGGGAACGCGGAACAAAGCUCUACAGUGACGGACCUGGCCCUGCACGAGAGGCAGAUGCAACAAGGGAAGUUCCCGGCAGGGAGAGUGAGUCCAAGCAGCCGAGCCAGCGCAUCACAGUAGCUCCAAGCACCAAUAAGUAACCUGUAUUGUACAGAAGCACAUAUAAACAGAGGCGUCUUGGCCAAACAGGGAGAGAGGGAUCCAUCAGGGAGGCAGUACUGGUAAUGAACUGUAACUGCCCAAGCAGAGACACUGAUAUAGAUGAACUGGGACACUUGUGUGAUAUUUGCCACCCAUAUGCUUUGAAAUUGAAACUGACCCCACAGUAGCUGCAGUUCAGAUAAACAACAGCUCAUUGGGGAAUCUUCCCAACAGACCACCCUCGGCCAACACUAUACAGGGAAGAUCCGGUUCAGUGAUAUUGUGCCAUUGCCAGACGGUGCAAGGCUCCCUAGAGCUCAGAAGCUAGGUAGAGACAUUGGUGGGGAGCACCCUAACCCUCAAGCAGCAAGGAAAGGGAAAUUGGGAGGAUUGCGCCAUCUGGUGUCUCAAGUUUAGAUUGUAACCCUGACCAUUCUGCACAAGUUAAACUGGAUAAUUGCGUUGCAGGAUAAUUGCAUUCCACUACAUUACGGGAUAAUUGCAUUCCACUACGUUGCAACUAAUAAAUGACUCACUUGUUCAUUGGAUUUACAUACCCUGACUCAAACCACAUAUACGUGUAUAUAGAUAGAUAGAUAGAUAGAUAGAUAGAUAGAUAGAUAAAACCUCUAGUUACACGACUUUAUUACCGUGUGAUUAUUGAAUCUGGGCCCAGGUAAUAGGACACAACUUGAAAUAAGCGAAAGGUGAAUUUAAAUAUAUAAUCUGUUGUGUGAAGCCUCGAGUUACGAACGGGAUUUAUACUCAAGGUGUCAGAUGUUUAUUGUCUAUUGCAAUUUAAAUGUGAUGUGAUGUUGGUACUGUUUAUUCAGUUAUCUAUAACAGUGACGUAUUUAGUGUGUCCGACUAGUAUCAGUGAUUACGUAUAGAUGUAUGUCUUGUCUAGACUAUAACGUUUGCAUUAAUAAAUAUAUAUUGUGCUUUAAUUGAAUGUCUAUAAAUAAAGGGUCAUCUAGCUGAGAAUUGCUCUUUCAACCCACACUCAGUGUAGACUUACCUUUAUUCCUCCAACUUGCUGGAAGAGAGUGAACAGUGUGUGUAGCCACGUAGCAAAUCAGGACGGUGCCGUGUGAAAGUUCCAUCCAUCAUUCGGAACCUACACACCCCUUUAAAGUCGGAGACAGAGUCGUGGUGAAGGUGCUCCCCAGGAACAAGAGCCCAGGAGACUUUACCUACGGUCCAGAGACAGAGGUCGUAGCAGUAACCAGAACAGCAGUCCUGACAGAGGAAAGCCCCACCUGGAUCCAUGCAUCCCGAGUGAAAAAGGUUCCUAGACCAGACCUAGAGAGGGAAGCAAGUGAUUCCAGCGAGGUACAAACGGGGGCAGACAGCCCUGACCUCCCACCUAGCGAAGACAGAAGAACAGAGGAGGAUGAGGAACCUGUCCCCUACCUCUAUCCUGGGGACUAUGUUGAUAAUCCUAAUGGUCCUCACUUGCCAAGCUACAGCUGAAGUAGACAUUACACAAAAAUCCGGCACCUACACAUUUUGGUAUAACUCCUCCAAUACUGAGGUUGCCGCCUAUAAAAUAGAUUUCUGUACCAUUGCUCCCUGUCUUAACAAACAUUAUGCCUGGCAGUGUGAUCAGUAUGGUACACGUAAUACCCCCACUGAAGCCUAUAUUUGUGUUACUAGUAAAUAUUGGGGAAAUAAAUGUGCGUAUUGGGGAUCAGUGGGAUGGAAUUCUGGCCAUAGUUAUGGAUACCAGCCCAAAGAGGCUCUCUCAAGAAAAGACAAAUAUGGUGAGUCCCUGCUUACCCGUCUUACCCUUCAUAGACAAAACAGAUGUGAUAGUAAAUUCAUAUUAAGCAUAAAACAUCCCCAGUCUACUGAUGCAGGCACCUAUGUCCUAGGUGAAUCCUUUUUUUUAAACCCAUCCCUUACACCAUUCUUGUUACAGGAUAUGUUUAACAAUGAAAAGUAUGCCCAGCUCAAGCCCCCUAAACCACGCCCCAACCUCUUGAAACCUCAUAUAACCACCUUCAAGGAUAUGAUGGCCGUUAACAAUCCCACCUUUAAAGACACCCUAGCUAUUGAAACUGGUUUCUCUGACAUCAAUUUCUGGUUAGAAUGGAUGAAGUAUAGUGCUAGCAAACAUAAUAAAAGUAACUGUUAUGUCUGUGGCAAAUCUAGGCCCCACCUAGGUACAGUGCCCCUUAAUAUACCCCUAGAACAGGAAAAUUGUUUUUUCAGCCUUUUUAAUGACACCAAAACAAAUGACAGUCAGUGCGAAAUGUGGAAAAGGGAAUAUCCCAUAUUGUCAAAAAAUCCCAACCCAGGAAGCACCAUAACCAUAUAUCCUGGAAACUAUACCUGUUAUACAUCUAACACUACCACAGGUAGAAAUUUAAAAACCUUCCCACCAGGGUAUUGUGCAAAUAAAAGAACAACUGUUUUAGUCAACCAAACUAGAUCAUUAGGCGACAUUUAUUACAUAUGUGGGGAUAUGAAACUUAGAAGUAAAUUAGACACACCAUGGUAUGGUGAGUGUGCCCUGGCCAAAGUCAUAAUGCCACUCCUAAUGAUCACCGAUGACCCCACUCCUCCCUCUAAUACUCCUGCUAAUCGAAAGAAAAGAGCACUCCCAGGAGGUAGCUUUGACCCCCACGUAUACAUUGAUGCUAUAGGGGUCCCAAGAGGUGUUCCAAAUGAGUUCAAAGCUAGAGAUGAGGUGGCUGCGGGUUUUGAAUCAUUGUUCCCUAUAGUAACUGUAAAUAAAAACGUAGCCUGGAUUAAUUAUAUAUAUUAUAAUCAACAAAGAUUUGUUAAUGAUACCAAAGAUGCUCUUAAAGGUAUAGCUGAACAGCUAGAAGCCACUUCCCAAAUGACAUUUCAAAAUAGAAUGGCCCUUGACAUGAUUCUAGCAGAAAAAGGCGGUACAUGUGUUUACAUUAGUAAGGUGGAAGGCUGUUGUACAUAUAUUCCUGACAACACUGGUCCCAAUGGUAAGGUUACUUUAGCCAUAAACAAGUUAGAAACCUUAUCCAUAGAACUCAAAAAAAAUUCAGGUAUUGAUAACCCAUGGAGCCAAUAUUUUGGGUGGUUUGAAAAUUGGAAACAGGCUCUUGUGCAAAUAAGCAUAUUCAUACUUGUAACUUUAAUUCUUUUAGGCAUUAUAGUUUAUUGUGUAAUUCCCUGUGGAAAGAAACUUACCUCCAAAGGCAUUGAUAAGGCCCUGAUGUACUAUGAUAUAACCACCAGUCCUGUCACCUCCUCUGAUAGUAAGGGACCCGACGAUUAUGCCCAAUAUCUCAAGAACUGGAGGAACAAGAAAGGAGCCUCACUUAAGAAUCAUGUCAUAUAACAAUCAUGAUUCUAAGAGGGGAUUGAAGGGUUAAAUCUCCUCUGUCAUUGUGCAUUGUGUAAAUAUUGUUUCUUUUUCUUUUGCCUUGGAUUUAGCUUGCAUUGCAUAAAAUAAAUAUAGUUCCACCCAUAGUUUGUUGAGAACUGUGUGAAAUCCCCACCCCUAGAUGAAGUACUAGGCUGUAUCCUACAUCCCCCCCCCAUGUAGCCUGUUUUAUCCCUCCUAUGCAGUAAAGUUAAACCAAUAAAAUAUUUACUUUUGCCUACCCCUCCCUGGACAUUCCAAUCCCUCCCUAGACAAUGAUGCCUUAUAUACCAUUGUUAUGAACAAUAAACGCAGAGUGAUUCUUAAUUA